AUGAUCUCGGCUAAGGAGCUUAAGGAGUUAGAGUCUCUGGAAAGGCAAUUAAAGCCGAUCGCCGGUAAACGCGGCGGAGGUCCUGAGACAUGCGCCAAGUACCUGCGGGAGGUGCGGCGGCUGCGGCUGCGGCGGCCGUUUCAAGUGGCGGAGUAUGGCAUGGCGCUCAUUAACAGCGCAGACGAGAGAAGCAAGCUGGGAGACGAAGUGUGGGAUGUGAUGGAGCAGGUGGCGAUUGCAGCCAUGGACUGCCAGCAGCUGGGCAUCGCCAAGGAGUGCAUAGGAGCCCUCAUGAUCGCAUUCCCCAAUAGCACUCGCGUGGGGCGGUUGGAGGGCAUGUGGCUGGAGGCGAAGGGGUGGUGGGAUCAGGCGGACAAGGUGUACAGUGACCUGCUGGAGAGCAACCCGCAGGACCAGCAAGUGUUGAAGCGUCAAGUUGCUGUGCUGAAAGGCAAGGGCAACACGGUGGGGGCCAUCAGCGCUCUCAAGAAGUAUCUCGAAACUUACAUGGCGGAUUAUGAGGCAUGGAAGGAGCUAGGGGACCUCUAUAUCUCGCUGCACAUGUUCAAGCAAGCAGCGUUCUGCUACGAGGAGCUGCUGCUGUCAGCCCCUGUCAACCCCAUCUACCAUGUCACUUAUGCUGAGAUUCUCUAUUCGAUAGGCGGAGCAGAGAACUAUCGGCAGGCCAUAUCACACUAUGCUGCUGCCACUGAGUACAGUGGAGGGACCAACCUGAGAGCGCUCUAUGGCACUUGCAUGGCAUCAGCAGCGCUGCGCUCAGCAGGCAAGCCAUCAAGGGGGGCAGCAGCGGUGGAGGGCGAACCAGAAGGACUGGUGGAGGCAACAGCAAAGGCGAUCAAACAGGAGUACCGCUUCAAACGCCCUGAGCUGCUCAAACCUGUAGUGGAGCCCACACUAGCGAAGCUUGUACUAUGA